CAGCCCUGAGCACAUGAACGGGGGACCAGCUCACCGAAUCAAACGCACCCCGAGGAGCUGACGGGGGAACCUGGAAGCCUGGCCGGUCCUCAGGGAUCCAACACGUGGUCCGAGGACCUGGGAGAGGACUGUAAACCACACGGGAGCUGCAGGUGAAGCUGUCGAUGAUGCUUCCUUCAUCCAACACCAGCGGCGGCGGCGGCGGCGCCGCGGCGACGGAGCAGUGCAUCGUCAACGACCAGAUGGGACCCUUCAUCGUCCUCUACGUCCUCGUCUUCGUCAUCGGUCUGCCUGGGAACCUGCUGUCUCUGUGGACCUUCAUCCGCAGCCCCAGAGCCGAGCAGCAGAGCACCAGCGUCUACCUGAUCAACCUGCUGGCGGCCGACCUGCUGCUGCUGCUCGCUCUGCCCAUUAAGAUCCUGAAGGACCUCGGGGGGGCGCCGUGGAGCCUCAUGGUGUUCCACUGCCAGGCCAGCGCCGUCACCAUCUACAUCAGCCUCUACGCUUCCAUCGCCUUCCUCGCCUUCAUCAUUAUCGACCGCUACCUGCAGGACUGCCACACUGUGCGCUCUCUGCGGCUGCAGGAAGUCGGCUUCGCCAGGCUGCUGUCGCUGGUCGUCUGGCUGCUGCUGCUGCUCAUCAUGGUGCCCAACAUGGCUCUGCCCAUACAGCAUGUUCAGGAGCAGCGGUACCUCAGCUGUUCUUCUCUGAAGAUUGACAUCAGCCUCCACUGGCACGCCCUGACCAUCUUCCUCUGCACGGCGCUGUUCGUCAACGCCUCCGCCGCCGUGCUCAUCUCUAGCGGCCUGGCGCUCAAAAGACUCCUGGGCAGCCGCAAAGACCCCGAACUCUGGGUCCACGCCCGGCGGGUGGCCAGGAGCGUCACGGCUGUGGCGUUGGCCUACAUACUCAGCUUCGUGCCCUACCACGUGGUCCGCACGCCGUACACGUUGACCCAGACCAAAGUCAUCACAGACUGCCACACCAAGAGGCAGCUGUUUCUGGGGAAGGAGUCGACGCUGCUGCUGAGCGUGCUCCACCUCUGCUUCGACCCCCUGCUGUGCUUCUACCUCCACUCGCCUUUCAGACAGACGCUCCGCCAGAUGUUCUCCUGCUGCAGGAAGCAGACGUUCAGCGAUACCGAGGAGCAGUCUGCAGAGGAAAUGAUGGAACCUGCAGCGUCUGGAUAGCAGGAGGACUAAAUAAAGAAUGUAUAAAGAAUAGAAACAAUACUGUAAGACCCUGAGAGAUGGGACAUGUUUUGACUAGCUUAGCACAAAGACUUGAAGCCUAUGGAAACUGCUAGCCUAAAAAAAUACAUCUUUCAACAACUCCAAAUAUGGACAAAAAACUAUUUUUAAAAUGUCUUUUUUUUUAUGCACAAAAUUAAUGACAUAAUUCCAGCAAUCCUGUGAAAGAAAACUGCAAUAAACUUGAUUUAAACGAA